CAUGCAGUUGACCAUUACUUCACAGAGCUCUCCAGUUGGAGAGCCCCAUAAGAAGCUAACAACCUAAGAGUGCCUACUAUUGCCCCUGAUGUUCUCCAUAGGGCUUUCUAUGAUGUUACGAGGAAACAGAUAGUACAACAAAUAGUUGGACAUCCAACAAAUAGUAAGAAAAAGGCCAUUUCAUUCUGAUACUGCUUCUUUUGACUGUGGUCAGGUUUCCUACUCUGGUUUUAUUAUUAAAGAUGUACAAACUUUAAACCAAAAGGGUAAAAGCUGCUGCCGGGCAGAUGUGGACUUCAAAUCUCUCCAAGAUCCGACAAGUUCUUAAAAAUGUUUACCAUAAAUGUAAGAACCACCCAGAUUCAACUAGACAUCCAACUAUGACUUCCUAUGAUUGUGAUCAAGAUGACAUGAGUACUGAUGAAGAAAUGAAUCUUAUAGUAAUGCUCCAAGAUAUUAAAACUGCCCAAAUUGAACUCCUCAGCCAAAUGACUGACAUUCUCAGUGUGGUAUCCAAAAUGCAGGAAAAUACUGACUUUUAUCAGAAGCAGAUGGAGAUACUGGAAACCAGAAUGAAUGUUAAUGAAGAAUGUACAGUAACUAAAGAUAUCUUCUCUACGAAGAAACACAUUGAUGCUUUAAAGAAGAAGGUAACAGGGGUGCCUGGGUGGCGCAGUCAGUUAAGCGUCCGACUUCAGCCAGGUCACGAUCUCGCGGUCCGUGAGUUCGAGCCCCGCGUCAGGCUCUGGGCUGAUGGCUCGGAGCCUGGAGCCUGUUUCCGAUUCUGUGUCUCCCUCUCUCUCUGCCCCUCCCCCGUUCAUGCUCUGUCUCUCUCUGUCCCAAAAAUAAAUAAAAACGCUGAAAAAAAAAUUAAAAAAAAAAUAAAGAAGAAGGUAACAGAACUGGAAAGCCAGAAUUGUUGCUCCAGCAUACAUUGUUUAGAAGUUCUGGAAGGAGAACUUCUGGGUAAAGAGAUCAUAGAACAACUUCACAAACUCAUACAACCAGAAACUUUGAAGAAAACAUCAGCUUCUACACAUGACAGAAUCUCUUCAGCAGAACCAGAAAAAGUGCCCAGUUGUCCUGAGCCCACUGAUCAUCUUGAGAAGAAAACAAUUUCCUCCAAAACUAAAACGAAAAAAAGUAACGACCAAAAUGCAUUAAGAAGCCUUAGAAAAGCAAAGUCAAAUAUUUAUAUUUAUCCAGACUUUAGUACAUGGAUCAAGCUAACUUUUGUCCAUGAAGGAAAGUGGAGAUUUUUCCUCAAAGCUACCAAGUUACAGGAAUUCAUCCAGGGGCUUCUUUCUAGGCCAACCAUCCCUCCUGAGGAACCACAACUCAUAACCCAGAGAUAUUGUCCUUUCACUGGGCCUAUUGCGAGUUUGACGGCAUUCUGUCUCUCUGGUUUCAACUACGUUUAUUGUCUUUUUGGUUUCUCAAAAGAGGAAGUAACUCGACUAUAGAGUCAUUUUCUGCUUUGUUUGGCACAAAAUAAAUGUAACUUGGUUGUUCCAAGCAUUGACACAUCUUUGCAGUGGUUGUGAACUCCUUGGCAGUUUGUUCACUGUAGGCUUACGGCCUAUGAAGUUUUUAUGUGUCUCAGGCAAGAUAUAUCAUCCCAUUGGACAAUUGUGAUGCAUCUUCUGUCAGUGUUCUUGUUUUCUCACAGGCAAGUCAUGAGGACGUACCCAGUGCCUGUGUUAUAGAUCGUUGGAAGGAAAGAAGAAAGAAGUCAAGGGAAUAAAGAGCACAUUUGGUAGUCCCCACAUCAGUUUUCUAUGUCCUCUUGUCUUAGUGGACUUUGUAGAUAAGAUCUGUAAUACCAGAGACAGACUCCACUAACAAUAUUUUAAACAGCAUGCAACGGAAAAGAUAGCCACUAUCAAAGCUACUAAAGUUAGAAUUAUAAAAAUAAAGGGCACUGAAAGAACAAGUUACUGCCAGGAAAAUAUUCAUUGCAAAAAUGGUAUUUUUUUUCUUUCAACUUCAGCUUUAUCUCCAUCAAACAAAGAAGGAUGCUACUGGGUAUUUUUUACAUUUUCAUGAAGUGAGACAAAUACCAUGUCUUGUAGGUUUGAUACAGAGGAAAAGGGAACCACUAAAGAGGCAUGUGUGAACCAAGUAAAAUCUCAACACUAUGCUACACA